CUACCCACUUGUUCGGACUGUGCUUAACAUCAGUGUACGCGUGUAUUUUGUGUAUAUUUCAAUGGGGAUAGGAAAAUGUUUGAUUCCUCCCUUAAUUCAAGGAUCACACAGCGUACGAGAUCAAGGAUUAUACUCAUUGGUUUGUGUUUUGCCGCGUUCAAUCGGAUGGCCUGAAGGGCCACAGGUGAAUUUAGGCCUUAAGCUAGGCGAAGUUGAGGAAUUGAAGAAAAAAACAUCGAAGAAAUAAGUGAUUUUCGGGAGACGUAGAUGGUGUUUUGGUGUUCUAGCAAUUACUUUUUUGAUAGCUGAACACGACAGGACUGGGAUUCAGCCGAGAUUCAAUCAAAUAGCCAACAAAGCACCGUAAAUUGAACGCGCCUCCAUUGAUGUUAUGCCUGCACUAUUUUGUGUGGAAAUUGACAGCUACGUGAACCCGAGGUCUGCGCACACCGAUACCAUUUUAAUGCAACGGGGCAUAAGAACGUAUGUGUUUACAGAAACCUCUCCUCAAGUCCGUGUAUAACGUGGAACGAAGGAACGCCGAAGACGAUGGUUGUGCUUUUGGUGCUGCUGUUGUAGACGUCGUAGGCCGCCGCGUCGGGAAACAGAGACGACCCAGCGAGGUAUCGCGGAGGCAACACAAACAAAAAGUUGUAAAAAUUUCUCUGAAUUAAUAACAGACGUAGGGACCGAGAGGACAGUGACGCAGAGUGCUCGGAGCGUAAGGGAAGAAUAAUAUUUGUCGGUGUGGCUUUUUUGUCGGUGCCUACGGAUAAGGGGGCAAAAUAUUUUACUUUUUCCCGAACGCGGAGAUCGUUUUCGGAUUGCCUGUCUACUUUCGGGAACGGAGAGCGGAACAACAAAUUCUUCAUAGACAGCUAUUCACCCGCGCGUUCUCCGUGUACCGCAGCCCGCGUAUCACUUCCAGUUGAAUCGAUAGCACGCGGGGAAUUAUAGUAAAUAGUUCGGAGAAUUCAAAACAUACAUAGAAAGUUUCGAUGUGUUGUUGAAUUUUGAGCGGUGUUUUUUCAAUAUUCUCCACUUCGGAGGUGGCACAAUGAAGAAUGAGGCGAAAUAAAUCUUCCUUCGGUGUUACCUGGGCCGAGAAGCGAUGGAAACGGCAGUAAGCGAGAGCGGAGAAGAUAUAGGUGUGCUUGCGUGCGUAUUUUGAAGCACAAAGUGGUAUGUUUUGAUAAAAAAAGUGUAGGUGAAAAGUGAAGGAAAUGUGGGGGGAAAAUCGGGAAUCGAAGUGUUGAAAAAAACCGCAAAAGAAGGAAAUAUGAUGAAGUCAACAAUGAUGAUCACCUGUUUAAGGAGGUGUAAGAAAUGGUUAGCUUUGUUCUUCUGAACACGAAACUUUAGACGUGUCGAAGCGUUUUGGGGGCAGUGUUUUUCACUGGCUGAUAAGGAAUCGGCCGUAAGCAGUGAAGGUGAACAUGGCUGGAAAUAUCGUUAAAUGGUGGAAACAUAAGAUUCUUGGUGGCUACAAGCAGUUUACAGUACUCCAGGAAUGUGCGACCGAUUCGGAGGAGCUGAUCUACCCCGUCCGAGCCCCGUCCGCCUGUAGUGCACCGCCGGAUCUGUUGCUGACUAGCGACCGGGAGCAGAUGAUGAAAGUGAAAAGUUCCAAGCAGCAAUCGCACAACGCGCAGCAGACGCAAUCGUCACAUCAUCAAUCAUCGCAGCAGCAGCAACAAAAUGUUAACCAUCACCAUCAUAAGACGUCUCCGCAGCAGCAACCGCACCAGCAGCAUACCAAGGACACCUCGUUCCGCAAAAGCUCCGGCAAGGCGGCAACCGUUAAAAGCGAUCCCGAUAGAGUGCGAUUGGAGGAGUUCACCUGCGAUGUGUCACUGCAAGGUGGCAAGAAACCGCAGCCACUGCAAUUUUCGUUCACCCUCUACGACCUCGACGGUCAUGGAAAAAUCACCAAAGAUGACAUCGCUGGCAUCGUGUCCACGAUCUACGAAUCUAUAGGAAAAUCGGUAGUAGUUCCUCAUUACGGUAGCAAGACCAUCAACGUGCGGCUGACGGUCUCCCCGGAUGGAAAAAAUAAAUCCAACGGAUCCGUGGUGAAGAAAGCUGCCAUCACCCCUCGUCGACGUUACCGGCCCCGUAAACUUAUCUCCGACGACGAUGGAAGUGAUACCUCGGAGAACUGCGGUCGGGUGAUGCGUACCCGGGCGAAUACGGUGGUGGCGAACACUACCACCAUCAACAACAACGUCAAACAGAAGGAGUCCAAUGUGGCAAAGGGUCGAUGUGAUGAUGCGACAGAUGGUCAAGCUACUGGACUGGGUAAGAGUUCGGAAGCAGUAGAAGCUACAUUUCACAACAACCUGAACGGCAAGGGGAAAAACUCCAACGUGAAAAAUGAUAAUAUCUACGAAAGUAUUAACAAUCUGAAAUCCUGUAAUAUUCAAACAGCACAGACAUCCAAGACCAAUGUUACACUAAAUCAAACACCGGUGUCGUUGAAUAACUCCACCGCUACAACGGUAAUCUGUCAGGAUUGUUCCCUGGAAGGAUGUCCGAUUGAUGAAACGCUUCCGCUGGGAACGGUAGUCAUUCCAGCUGUUGCAACCGUUACUCCAGCGAUCAUCAGUAGUCGUGCCAAGCGGAAGAUCGUGCGCAAAUCGCGGUCCUCGCGCAAAGCUACCAAGAUGGCCGAAGAGUUCAGCAGACCGAGAGCCCGCAGCCUGUCGGUGGGAAACGAAAACUUCUACGAAAACAUGCUCGAGAACCCACAGGAGGAGUGUUGGAAGAGUUCGCUGUGCCGACGAGAGCUGAUCGAAAUUAUCCGGGAUAGCAUGGUGAAGAAUAGUCUUUGUUUUCAACCAAAUAGGAAAUCAUCGGAAAAUUCACCAAAGCAUCGCCAUCGGUCUCAUACGAUCUCGGCUCGGGUAGGCAGCGGCGAGCAGUGUGGCGAAACGGUCGUGGCGACUCAACAGGCUCUAAUUGCAGCCCACGAGACUAAUCUUUGCGGAUACGAUUCCUAUUUACAUCAAACGAUUUGUGCGGCAGCCAGCGCAAAACACGCGGCACUACACCUGAACGGUGGCGUGGUUGCAAAUGGCGGUGUAUUUACGGCCCUUCCCGUUAUGACCAGUACCCCAAAUCGGAUGCUACAACACCAUAACCAUCAUGCAAAAGCGAAGCGAAAGGAGCAUCGACUUGCCAUCGCUACGCGAAAUCAAUCGCACCUACCCGUAGGACAACCCGUCAAACUUAGUACCGCAUUACUCAGCCAACAGUAUCCGAAUCUCUCAGCCGAACAGAAACUAUCGCGAUCGAUCAAUCAAGUCGAGAAGUGGUUGGAUCACCGUAGCCCGAAGCUGACCAACAAAUUAAAGCUCGCGGAUGAAAUGGCGGAAAGAAGCCUUCGAACGACAACGGCUGGUUUAAAGCUCAAAAGAUCAAAGAGUAAGGAAGAAAUCACCCAGAAACCUCCCAAAUGCGACAACGUUCUCACGACAGAUUUACUGUUGGAAAAUCUCAAAAUCACAGAAGACAUUGCGGAAUUGAGUGUGGUGACGCCGAAGAAAGCAUUCAACAAGGAAUGUCUUAUCAGUUCAGCAACAAAGAAGAACAUUCGUACCCACCAUACAACCAAGACUAUUUCGACGACUGCUCCGUUGGGCUCUGCGACAGCCGACAAGUCGUCGAAGGAUCUAAUCCAGCUACAGUACGCUUCAAUUCCAAUCAAUGCUCAUCCGAGUGAAUGUGAAAAUUUGAUUCGGAUCUCCGAUGCCGAGGAAGAUCAGCCACAGCCACUGCAGCAACAGCAGUCAUCGGCGAGUACACCAACCCAUCAUCACCAUCAUCAUGUUGGUGGUACCGGCGAAAAUUCAGGGUCAUCCGCAUCGGCUGUUUCUACUACUGCCGUGCAUCGUUACGUCCACGAGCACAUUCACCAUCACUAUCACCACUUCGAGAACGAUCCUGAUGAAUCUUGAGGUUUGGCCGACGAGAGCGAUGGUGGUUUCACACCAUCGUCCUCGGGGCAUCGAUGUUUGGAACUGGAGUUGCUAGAUUAGUAAGUUUGGGAUGGAAAUGUUCGGUGGAAUUAUCGUUUAUUUGAAGAGUUCAUGAUAACAGUGAGAGUGAUCAUGGUUUGAUAAAUUGGAAAGGAACAGCGAUUGACAUUUAUCUAGUGUUAUAUCAACUUUCAUCGAAAUAGGUUGGCUAUACACGAGUUGUUUUGGUGAUAUUUGCUUAGGUCGGAAUCGAGUAGUUUUCCGGCAUGUGUUUUGUUUGACAGCUGAUGUGAGAAAUGAUUUGUUGGAAAGCUUGUGAAUCUUAGGUCAUGCUUCUUCAACCUUCUUUACACGCGUCGAAUCAUACGUCAACAAAUAUGGGGUCUGACCCGAGACGAAGACUUUUCGUAGGCUCUUAGUUGAACAUUCUCAUUCAUACGUUUGCGCCAUUGAUUAUUUUUAUUUUGCAACCGAGCCGAAACCAUGAUUCAUGCCGCAGAAUGUGACAACGUCCAAUAGUAAUGAGCCUCUACCUCUCAAAUCAAUCGAUUCAUUUUCUUUUUUAUAGUUUAAUAAACGUUUUUAUAAACUAAACAGCGAUAACGCUGAGAACAUUUUUUCUAAGCAAACUAACUAGGUCAACAAAAAUUUCUUGACCAUUAAAUAUGAUUAAGUCUGAUGUUUUAUGUUUCGGAUUCUCCUCGUCAGUAUCUAACAGCUGACUGGGCCGCUAGGUAGACACUAGAUCCAAAAAAUGACACGCAACUUAUGUGUACGUUCGAACGACUAGUGGGGACUUAUGCCCCGGUGGUACAGAAGUUCUGUUUUUACUGAUGAGGAUAAAAUUGAACCGAAACUUUUGUGGCUAUCACGCCAAUGUAGCAAUAUGCUAUAAUUAUAGGUUGAAAACCGUUCUUGCAAAGAGAGUAUUAUAACGUUACAAACAGUACUAGUACCAAGCAUUAUGUAAGGAAAUUUUACCGGUUAUGGGCCACCCGUCAUUUGCGACGUGCGUAUUUCUUUAGCGCUAAGAAACUAUGAACAGCGUACUCUGAGCCGAGAACAUCUAUUUACUUUUUCUGUGCUUCACAAUCUUGAAAAUCAACCAGCAUUUUUGCUCGUCCAAGGCUCAGAAUAUGAUUAAAGGUUUUUAAACUUUGAAUUUGUUUUAGUAUUAGUUCUUCUAGGUAGCCAGACAGCCAGUGACAAAAAAAAAUCUUCUCAAAAAACUGCUGAUAACUUUUUUUCGAAUUGAAGCAAUAUACUUUCUAGUCUAGUCUAGUCUACACAUACACAGCCAAUACAUGUAGGGAUCCUGGAAAAUUGCAGACAUUUUUCUUGUCAAUAUUAAUGUUUGUGGUUCAUAUACUAUGUGACACAAACAUUAAAGCGGCCAGGUCAUCUGUGCAGCGUACAAAAUGAAGAUGAUUCAAAAUAAUGCGGCAAUCAAAUUAUUCAUUAUUCAUUCAACGUGGACAACCGUUUCAAUUUGAUAGGGGUUUGAUAAAUCUUUGGGAGUGGCUUGGCUAAGAGGGUUAAUGUCACAGUUCAGAGAAUUAAUCGAAGAUGCUAGAAUGACUCAAUUCCUCCCACAAGUUUUAAGUUAAACGUAGCUCUACAUUUCGGAAAGGGCUGCAUGCGACUGAUCAAAUUCAUUGCUUUUGCAGGGAUAGGAUAAGAUCAGCAAAAUUCUGCGUGCUUAAAUUUAUCAACUAUCUAAUUACUCCCACAGGCUUGAUCAAAUGGUGUCCGAAUUUGACUGAUUUUUAGUUGGAACUCCGCUAGUGGGACCAUUCAUCUCCAAAGCAUCUGAAUUCCAAAAUUUCGUGUCAAAUUCACUUUGACAACCAAACUGACAAUGAUUGGAGAUGUGAGCAGAUGCAUUUACACUACUAAUAUCUCGUUUGGAGAGUUUUUAACGUCUGUUGAUCGGUCCAACUAGCGAAUCAAAUUUCUUAGUUGGAUGGAAAGUGUGGCCCAACCAGCGAAUAACCACUAUAAUUAUAUCGUCAUCCGGUUUCUAUUAGCCUCUCGCAAGGCGAACAGGUAGCGAGGAAUUUGCUUUUUUAUUCAACAUACUAACUUGCCGUCAUUAGAAAAAUUCUAAAAAUUCACAGAACCAACAGGACCAUUUCAUUUUCACCGGUAAAAGUGUUUCCGUUGAAAAUAAGGAAAGUAGGUGGAGGGUACCACGGGAUUUGGCUAUCCUUGUUUCCAACCCGCACAUUUAUCAAGAUGCUGUUUUUUUUUUCAUUUGAUUUCUAUACAACAUUGACAUUUCAUUUGUGUUCAUGAAUUUAUACUUACAAAGUAACGUACUUUAACGAUGUAACACAGUUUCGGCAAUCUCUGGAACAUAUUCAGUAAACAUUUAAACCAAUAUAAUUCCACCGAGCAACAAACUAAAAGCCAUUAUAUUACACUGAUUAGUUUAACACGGUAACCCUAUUUAUAUGUAUAUGAAGAAAUCUGAGCUUGAGUGUUGGCGUGCUGUACGACGUUAGUCGAAGGAUUCAAAUUACUCUGUAUAAUAAUUUUACUAUCUAGCCAAGAAUUAUAUGUACUUACUAAACUGACCACACGAACUAUAUCCUGAAUCUCAAUCAAACACAUCAUAUUAAACACCGUUCUGGGUAAAAAAAUGAAACUGCCAACAUUAAAAAUUACUAUACUAAAAUAACUUUUGAGAAAAAAAAAAAAAGAAUAUACCAGCUAUCAUAGAAACCUAUACGCAUACUGUAAACAGAAAACUAAUUAAAUCUCAACUAGGGAAGCAAAGGUAAGCGGUUAUCCUACAGAAACAACAAAAUAUCCUAUCUAAAGUGCAAAAUAUUGCUGAACAACUGACAUGUUCACCAAAGUAUAAGCUUAACUGUAUUGGGUUGUAUGUUGUUCAGCCUUUCAUAAACAAUUUAUUCUCCGACUGGUAGUGAAUGUGGGUAUUUAUUUACAUGUUUCUUUAACUCUGAAUAUAAUAUGUCCCUAAUCCUGUUCGCAAAUACAUUAAAAAACACCCACCUGAUAGCUUCUGUAAGCGAGUAGUUUGUUAAAUUAGUUGUAUAUACCUUAAUCAUUAAUAAAUGUUACAAGAACUGGUAGUAGCCAGACCACUACAAUGGCGUUGCAUACAAAUUAAGCAGAAAUGGAGAAAAGGGACGGAAAUAUUAACAGAAACUUACAAGACUGAUUUCGUGUUAUUCUUAUUAUUAUGGUUAUAGCUCAGUAGAGUUAUGGAACAAUUACCGAUGCUGUAUGACAAUUUCUUUUUUAAAGAAAACUGAACAACGAACCUUCUCCGCUUCUAAUUCCGUAUUUGUAUUCGAUUUCAUCCAUUUUCCUUAAGCAGGUUUUCAAUGAUUUCUACAAAAUUAUGAAUAUCAAAAUAAAAACAUGAAGAAAUUGAGUUUUCUUUUAUUUGGCAAAAAAUGCUAUAAAUUUAAUCACAUUCGGCUAAGUAUCGAACUCUAGCUUAAGCUUUCAGCGGCCAUGGAUUUUUCUAUUAUAGGUUAGCACUAUCUAAUGUUAAAAAUUCAAAAUUUAACUCGUGUAGCAACAAAAAAUAAAAUCUAAACCAUUUGAUUCGUGUGCGAGAGUGGAAGUAAACCUCGAUGGAAUUGCUUGCGAAUGGUGUUUGGCUUGACAAUAUUCGAAGAACAAAAUUUAAAGACGUUAGACAUAUAUUCGAAAAAAUAAAACAUUCUGAGUUCAUUUCUUUACAGUUAAUUAUACUUUAUAGUGUCAAAACAUACUUGAGUAAUGAGAAGCAAAAUGAAAGAAAUGCGAAAACCUUCCGUUCUACAGAAUUUACUAAACUUUCUCUUCUUCGAUUGUUUUCAUUGUCUGUCUAGAUUUUAAGGUAUCAGAUUUAUGUAGUUUCGUAACGUAGUUAAGAUUAAUUUAUUCAGUAAAGGUAUGUAAAUUUUUCCAAUUAUUUUUUUUUCUACCACGGGAAUGACGUCACAAUAUACACGAAUGUUUGAAGUUACAACUAAUA